UACAACAAUUAAAUUUUUUGUACAUUAUUCUAAAAUAAAAUUGAUUUGCUUUGCCUAUUUUAGGCUUUGCCACGUCAGACAAGAGGGAAUGAUUGUGGUGUUUUUGUACUCAUGUACACCCUCUCAAUGGUGUGUGGCAUUAGGUUUCAAUUCCAGGAGAUGGAUAUACCUAUCAUCCGUCAGUGGUGGUGCCUUCUACUCAUGGAACGAUUUCAAAUUGAUGGCUAUGGGCACAGAUUUGCUUUCUGGACUGAGGAGGCAAGAAGUGUCUUGGAUGGAAAGAUUCUGCUCCUUUUUAGGGUGAAAGGAAAAACCACAUCCAAUCUUCCGGCACAUGUCAAAGCAGUUCAAGAUCGGGAAAGGAAUGACAAAAGAUUAAUGGACUUGAUUAUCACAUCAAAAUCAGCAGAGCAGCAUUUGGUGGAUAUACUCGGUGGGAAAAGGUCAAAUUGGUUUCCACUAAAACUACGUUCUCAAGUGCCUGUCUACAUUGAGAAUGAGCAGUCCCAGUCAAUCAUUUGUGACUACAUCAGAGGAAUUCUUAAUAAAAUCAAAACACAGCUGACCUUCAAUGAUGAGGUGGAGUUCAUUUGUGGAUGUCUCCUCCCAGAGGCCAUAACUCAUGGCAUUUCCGAGUUACAAGGCUUGUCUUGGCAGGAGGCUGAAGAUGUCUUCCUCCAGGGCCACAUUUAUCACGCAAGUGAAGUUGAGGAAUUUAACAGAAGAAUUGCUCGAGAAAUGGAAAAAUCUCCCCAACAAGAAUGUAAAGCAUUUUAUUUUAUAUGUAAUAAAUACAUUAUUAAUCCAAGUAUUGUUUUUCACAAUUUUUCUCUGCAUUUUUUUACAGCUCGAUGACUUGUAGGACCUCAUGAAAAUUUAUAAAAAAAUAAAGUUUGGUGUGAGAAAAUUACUCAGAGUACUAUCAUUUAUUCUGUGAAUAAUAAGAUAAUGUUCAUUCCCUCAACUCGAUACUAAAGAGUUUGAUAAAUCCUUAAUGAUUUAAAAACAAAAAACAACAACAAAAACAAUAAAUGACUGAAAAUAUUUAAGUAACUGAACAAUAUCUAU